ACCUCUCACUGUGAUUGGCUGAUACAGUUACCUCUCCGCUUUAUGGCUGAAGGUGAAGUGAGUGGGAGCGUGUGGGUCAGUGUCCUCUCUGCCUGUUCGAAAUGUCAUCCAGUGGACUUCUCAGUAUGCGCGCUCUUAUCUGUAAACGCCUGGCUCACAAGUACCUCUCAAGAAGCUACACGUCUCGCCCUUCGCUCAAUGAGGUCGUCAUUGUCAGCGCAGUCCGCACGCCAAUGGGCUCCUUCAGAGGCAGCCUGGCAGCGCUACCAGCCACCAAACUAGGCUCUGUUGCCAUUAAGGGAGCCAUAGACCAAGCAGGGAUUACUCCUGAAGAUGUAAAGGAGGUCUACAUGGGCAAUGUGCUGCAGGCAGGAGAAGGACAGGCCCCCACAAGACAAGCCUUGCUUGGAGCAGGCUUGACCCUCGGCACUCCAGCAACAACCAUCAACAAAGUCUGCGCCUCCGGGAUGAAGUCCAUCAUGAUGGCCGCCCAGAGUCUAAUGUGUGGACACCAGGAUGUGAUGGUGGCUGGAGGCAUGGAGAGCAUGUCCAAUGUACCUUAUGUGAUGUCCAGAGAGACCCCAGCCUAUGGAGGAGUGAGGAUGGAAGACCUCAUCGUGAAGGACGGACUCACUGAUGUCUACAACAAAUUCCACAUGGGCAACUGUGCAGAGAACACUGCCAAGAACUGCAGCAUCAGCAGAGAGGAGCAGGACGCCUACGCCAUCGGCUCAUACAGCCGCAGCAAGGCAGCGUAUGAGUCUGGCGUUCUGGCCAAGGAGAUCGUUCCGGUUAGCAUUCCCCAGAGAGGCAAACCUGAUUUGGUCGUGUCUGAGGACGAGGAGUGGAGGCGGGUCGACUUCAGCAAAGUUCCCAAACUGAAGGCGGUGUUCCAGAAGGAGAACGGCACAGUGACGGCAGCCAACGCCAGCACCCUGAACGAUGGAGCUGCUGCUCUCGUUUUAAUGACGGCAGAUGCUGCAAAGAGACUCAACGCCACUCCUCUGGCCAGGAUUGUGUCUUUUGCUGAUGCUGCAGUUGCACCCAUCGAUUUCCCCAUCGCUCCUGCAUAUGCUGUACCCAAGGCUCUGGAUGCUGCAGGGCUGAAGAAGGAAGAUGUCGCCAUGUGGGAGAUCAACGAGGCCUUCAGCGUGGUUGUGCUGGCCAACAUCAAGAUGCUGGACAUCGACCCUGCCAAAGUCAACGUCAACGGGGGAGCUGUGUCACUGGGACACCCCAUUGGGAUGUCCGGAGCAAGAAUUGUGGGUCACAUGGUGCACAACCUCCAGUCAGGCCAGUAUGGGCUGGCAGGCAUCUGCAAUGGAGGUGGCGGCGCUUCAUCUAUUCUGAUCCAGAAAUUGUAGGAAACGUGAUUUUUGAAAUUGAGCUGAGCCUCUUAGCUGAUCUGUGUGUUGACUUCCUGUUGUCUCCAAAUGGUAAAGACCUCUGUGAACUUCCUUCUACUGUGAAGAAUGCAUCUGUUAAAGCUCAAAUGCCAGUGGCCUUACUCAAACAGCAGUGUUGGACUCUACUCACAUGACGUCAUGACUCCAGUGUAUAAAACAUAAAGCACUCCUUUAUUUGAUGAAACAUAUCGUCCAAAAAAAGACUAAUAUUUAACUCUGAAGUGAAAUGGUUUAAUAAAUAGUUUUUA